ACCUCUAAACAUUUCUCACAAUUUUCUGGUCUAAAGCAGGAAUAUAACUUUUUUUCUCUUUUCCUUUUUGCUUUUACACAAUCUUAUAAGAAAUUUGAGCCUGAGAGAGCGAGAGACGGUGUAGGAUGCACUACACGCGCAUCUCACCAAUUAUAUUGCUUCCACCACCCACCAUCACCGCCACCGCUGAAUCCAGUGGUAGAGGAACCAUGUUAGCCACCCUAUUCAUGGCCCUCCUUCUCCCUUGCGUUGGCAUGUGCAUUGUCUUCCUCAUAUAUCUCUUCUUCUUGUGGUGCUCCACACGACGCCGUAUUGAGCGUCUAAGAUUUGCUGAACCGGUUAAGCUGGUCACCAGUAAUGGUCUCUCUGUCUCGGAGCUCGAGAAACUCCCAAAACUCACCGGAAAAGAGCUUGCCUUAGCGGUGAGGUCGACAGAGUGCCCCGUUUGCCUUGAAAAUAUCGAGAGUUGCCAAUCGGCCCGUCUGGUUCCCGGUUGCAACCAUGGGUUUCACCAAUUAUGUGCUGACACGUGGUUAUCUAACCACGCGGUGUGUCCUGUUUGUCGUGGCGAUCUUGCUCCGAAGGUUCCUCAACUUAGAAACAAUCAUAGUCCAUGUUGAAAACAUGAUCCCAAAUACUCUUCUUCUUUAUUCAUUUUCUUCUACUUGUCUUGUUUUCUCUCUGUUAACAUUUUAGUUUUUUCAUCUUUUGCCGUAGUAGGUGUAUAUGGUUUGUACAGUAAAUUGUGAUAGAGUCAAUUACAAAAUUUCCUGUUUUGUCA